AUGUGCUACUUUUAUCAAACUCGUUGGUCCUGCGGAUAUUGGAGAUGGGGUCAGUUCAAACAGCAGUGCAACAAGGAAUACCGGACAGGCGAGACGUGCGGGCUGAAGUUGGUCUUCGACACGAUCCAGGACCCUGACAGGUGCAAGCUGUGCUACGACAUGGACAAGAAGCAUCGCCGGCUCGACAAGAUGCGCAGGGACAUUGAACGGUGGUACCGCGAGGGGAACCGAAAAGCGACUAUCGAACGGACGUCCAUCGAGAUGCGGGAGGUCGAGCGCCAGAUCAACGAGAUGGAGACAUCGCAUUGGAACAGGGUGAAUACACUAUGA